AUGGCUCCAAGUUUGCGGACACUAUCUCGGCAGGAACGUUUCUGCACUGACUCAAUGAAAAAUCUUGUUGAUCAGGUUAGCAAUUACGAUGAGCAAAGUGACAAAAAUUUACUGGAAGGAAGAGUGGAAGAAAUUUUUGCGCAGUUUCAGUCGGUUCGUUUGCAGAUCGAAUUGGAGGAAGAUGAGGGUAAAUCUAUUGAUACCUCAUACGCGGAUGAAGAAGAAAAUCGCAGGAUACGCGAUGAAUUUGAACGUAACUAUAUGAUGGUGUAUGGGUUCAUUGUUACUGAACUUAGCAAACAGACCAAUACCGAUUCCGAUGCAAAUAAGGUUAUCGUUUCCAAAACACGUGAUAACUCUGACCAAAUGUUUUCUCGUAUCAAGUUGCCGGAAGUGAAGCUUCCGUCAUUCGACGGUUCCAUAACCAAUUGGCUCACUUUUCGCGACAUUUUCGUGAGCAUGAUAGAUUCGAACUCACAGUUGAAACCUGUAGACAAGUUCACAUACUUACUAUCGUCACUCCCAAAAGAAGCAAAACGAGUGAUCGAGUCAGUAGAAUUGACUGGUGCGAAUUACGCAGUAGCUUGGGAGCUACUAAAUAAACGUUUCGACAACAAAAAACUUGUAGUGAAAAAUUAUAUUGAUUCUCUUCUCUCAAUUGAACCUAUGCGUAGGGAAUGCUAUGAGUCCCUAACACGCAUUAUCGAUGAUUUUGAACGAAAUCUUAGCAUGAUACAGAAGAUGGGAAUACCCACCGAUGGAUGGAGCGUACUUUUAGCACACAUGCUGUGCGCACGCUUAGAAGGAGCCACACUUAAGAUGUGGGAGCAACAUCAUAAAUCUACGGAUGUACCUACUUACGAAGAUCUGAUUGAGUUUUUACGAGGUCACGCAUCAGUACUACAGUCUUUAUCGUCAUCGUACAAAUCUCGUAAUCCCGAAUUCGCUAAAACAGAACCUGUUCGGCCAAUGAAACCGAAAUUAAUUCACGCUGUCACCAGUAACUUAUCGUCCAAAUUAUGCAUAUUCUGCAAGCAAGGUACACAUUCUGCAUUCCACUGCGACGCACUUCGUAAAAUGAACGAUUCUCAACGCUUUGAUGCCGUCAAAAGGAGUUCGCUGUGUAUCAAUUGUCUUUCGCCGAGUCAUCUCGUCAAACAAUGCCCAUCGAGCUCUUGUAGAGUCUGUGGACAAAAGCACCACACUAUGCUACAUCAAAAUGCCACAUUUCGCACACCAGAUCCUUCAAACUCGAAACACAUACCACCAGAAAGCAUACUCGAAUCCAACAGACCUCAACCUUCUCGCAAACCUCUAGCUGCCCAGCCUCUCGCCAACCCUUCAGCUCAGCCCUCUAACAUUGACAUACCUUCGACUUCGACCACCACCAGCUGCAUAUCGACCACUCUGAUAGGAAAUAUUCGAACAGUUCCUUCCACCGUAUUACUGCAAACCGCUGUCGUAAAAGUUUCGAAUCUUAACGGAUACGCCGUUUGGGCAAGAGCAUGGCUUGACCCAGCAUCGCAAAUAAAUUUGAUCACGGAGCAAUUAGCACAAAGACUAACACUACGAAGAUACAAAAACCACCAAGAAAUUGGAGGUGUAGGAAAUUCGCAAAUCAUCUCAUCUCACUCUGUCGUCGCACGAAUUCAUUCUCAUUGUUCGAAUUUUAUCGCUGAUUUCUCGCUACAUGUUUUGCCGGGAAUCACCAGAGAACUCCCGAGCAGGACAAUUCAUACAGAAAAAUGGAAACUUCCCAAAAAUAUCGUACUCGCCGACCCUACAUUCAACGAACCUAGUCCAAUCGACAUGAUUUUAGGAAUGGAGGUUUAUUAUGAUCUGAUUGAAGACGGACUUAUACGACUAGGUCCAGAGCAACCGGUUUUGCAAAAAACUGUCCUAGGAUGGGUGGUGUCGGGAAAAGUAGGACCACCACCAUCAACAACACCCAGUUUUACGCACGUUUGUAAGGCGCAAUCUUACGAUAACCAACUAGCACGCCUUUUCGAGCUAGAAACUUGCCAAACUAGCAGCACAUUCUCCGUAGAGGAAACGUAUUGUGAAGCACAUGUUUCCAACACAACUACACGUUAUGCUACCGGACGAUUUUUUGUUCGUCUUCCGAAGCGCUCUGACAAAAUUUCCACGCUUGGUAGCUCAAAGGAAGUUGCCGCUCGUCGCUUUUUCUCUUUAGAGCGUCGCUUAACCUUAAAUUCCUCAUUGAAAAAAUCCUAUUGCGAAUUUAUUGAAGAAUAUCGCCGACUGGGUCAUAUGAUAGAAGCAUCGCCAGACAAACCCAAUAGUAAUUUGCCAACAUACUAUUUACCGCACCAUUGCAUAGUUAAACCCGAAAGUCUUACUACGAAAUUGAGGGUCGUGUUCGAUGCCUCCUGUGCUACUGACACCGGAGUGUCAUUAAACGAUGUACUCAUGGUCGGACUUGUCGUGCAAGACGACUUGAUCGCGAUAAUUUUACGUUUUCGUAUGUUUCGAUACGCAAUAAUAUCGGAUAUCGAAAAAAUGUUCCGGCAGAUUGUCGUUCAUCCAUCCGACUGUCAACUCCAACAAAUCUUAUGGCGAGACUCGCCCACAGAACCACUAAAGACUUACCAACUUACAACAGUCACUUACGGAAUGUCGAGUGCCCCGUACCUGGCAACCAGAUGUUUGAAGGAGUUAGCCAAAAUUGGUGAAAAUGAAUAUCCUCUCGCCGCAAGAGUGACAUCCAAUGACUUUUACAUGGAUGAUUUAUUAACCGGAGUUAAUGAUAUCGCGACAGGUCGGCAGCUGUGUGCGCAGCUGAUACAAUUACAUCAGUCCGCCGGGUUUUGCUUACGCAAGUGGUCUUCCAACUGUCCUCCAGUUCUUGAAAUGGUUCCUCCUAGCUUGCGAGAUGAGAGAACGCUUUUAGAGUUGGAGCCUUCUUCGAAUCCAAUAAAAACACUAGGGCUACAGUGGCAAACGACAACGGAUCAGUUUCUCUUCAAUGUUCCGCGAUGGAACGAUUGUAAGACGUUCACGAAAAGAGUCAUUUUGUCAGAUGCUGCUAAACUCUUUGAUCCACUUGGAUUAGUUGGACCAGCUAUUGUCACAGCUAAGAUUUAUUUGCAACACCUUUGGCGAAACCAAAAAAAUGGCGAAAAAAAAUGA